AUGUCGACAACUGAAGUGACUUAUGCAAUUAUUAAUGUCAUUAGUGAGAUUAUUAAGCUUAGACAAACUAAGAAAAAAAAGCAAAAACGCAUUUGGAUAAAACCAUGGAUUCAACGACGAAAUGCAUUAGGUGCAUCAAGCACGCUAACGAGAGAAUUAGCAUCUGAAGACCCCGACAGCUAUUGCAACUUUUUUAGAAUUAAUGAAGAUAUGUUUAAUAUUUUACUCAAAAAGGUUGAAAAUAAAAUUAUGAAAUGUGAUACUAUUAUGAGAAAUGCCCUAUCACCUAAAUUAAAAUUGGAAAUUACUCUGCGUUAUUUGGCUACAGGAGAUUCCUACAAAUCACUUCAAUAUCUGUACAGAGUCUCAGCAUCGUCCAUUUGUAGUUUUUUACCUGCUGUAUUUGAUGCUAUUUAUGAAGGAUUAAUAGAAUAUAUCCAGGUCCCGAAAAAUGAAAAUGAAUGGAAUAAAAUCAUUAAUGGCUUUAAUUCAUUAUGGAAUUUUCCAAAUUGCUUUGGCGCCAUUGAUGGCAAGCAUAUAAUGAUACAAUGUCCUCCAAAUACAGGUUCCAACUACUACAAUUAUAAGGGGUCAUUUAGCAUUGUUUUAUUAGCCUUAGUUGAUCAUAGUUAUAAUUUCGUAUGCAUUGAUAUUGGCAAUUAUGGAAGUAACUCUGAUGGUGGAAUUUUUGAAAAAUCAAAGUUAAAAAAGGCACUUGAAGAAAACGUUUUAAAACUGCCAGAUGGUGCAGUUAUGUUGGGAGAUGAGGCUUUUCCAUUGAAAACUUACCUUAUGAAACCAUAUGCAAGAAGAAAUAUUGUUUCAAGAAAAGAAAAGAUUUACAAUUAUAGGCACUGUCGUGCCAGACGAAUUGUCGAAAAUUCUUUUGGUAUACUGGCUAACCGAUUCCGAAUAUUUAGGAAACCUAUACCGCUCGCUCCAGAAACAGUAGUGAAGCUUGUUAAAGCAGCGUGUUCCCUACAUAAUUGGAUUAGAAAGAGUGGAUUUAGUCAACACUCCAUAUCAGUUGACAUUGAGGAUUUAGAGUUGGGACGUUUAAUUCCUGGAUCAUGGCGAAAUGAAGAAGGUUCAUCCGGAUUCAGAGGAUUAGGACCCCCCACACAACGAAAUCCUUUAACUGAAGCUCGAAAAAAAAGAGACAGUUUUGCAGAAUAUUUUGUUGGCGAAGGAGAAGUGUCAUGGCAACAUCGAAUGAUCGAAUAA